GCUUGGGUGGCAGUGUGAGAUUCUUUCCCAAAUGGUCAGGGCAGACGCUGCGUCUUAGUCGGCACAUUGCUUGCCCGACAUGCUCAAAGCCCUAGGUUCCAUCAGGAUCACACCAUGACUGGGCUAUGGUGACACACACCUAAAAUUUCUGGACUCAGGAUGUGGGGGCAGGAAGAUGAGUUCAAGGACAUUUUUAGCUAAAUAGAGGCCAGCCUGGGCUAGAGAUGCUGUCACAGACAAACAACAAACCAAACAGAAUCAGAAGGAAGAUAUGAUGAGAGAGGAGAAAGCUGUGACCUACAGGUCCGUACCCUUUGUGGGGACUCAGACACACAGAUAAACUCUCAGGGAUCAGCUCAUAGCAUGAGCUUGACCAGCAGUGUGAACCCGGAAAUAGUGCUAAAGACCUCAUAAACUAAGAGCAAACGAUAAUCUGAAUAUUGAAAGGAGGUGGUUCCUCUGUGACCCUAGAGCUAGAGCAAGAGAAGGGCAGCUUUCAAACCCACUCAGGAAGUGUCUUGUCAGAGAAGGUGGGCCACCUGACCAGAAAAGGAAAUGUUCCCCAGGCCUCUUGGGCAGGAGGUAGAAGCCCUCGGGGACAGAGGACAUCAUCAAACCACAGCCACUUGAAGACUGUGGUAGGACACACAGCCUCUGAGGACUACAGCCCUCCCUAUACCUUUCAUCUGGAGCCUCACAUGGGACCAAGGAACAAGGAAGCUAAGGACAGAAAGGAGAAAAUGGCAAGAGGACAUUCUACUAUCUAGAAGGAGACUGCUCCUUUGUCCUUCUAGACUCUGGUAUGGGUGCAGGUAACAACUGACCAGAAGAAAUGAUCCCCAGAGUAAUAUGGUUGUGGCUGCCUUCAGUUCUGCUCCUCUCUCAGGUCCCAGGCUGUGUCCCUCUUCAUGGCCCCAGCAGUGUGACAGGAACUGUGGGGGAGUCCUUGAGCGUGACUUGUCAGUAUGAGGAGGGAUUCAAGACAAAUAAGAAAUACUGGUGCAGAGGGUCACUUGUUCUACUUUGCGAAGAUAUUGUCAUGACCGGAGGCUCAGAAGAAGAUAGAAAUGGCCGAGUGUCCAUCAGGGAUGAUCCAGACAACCUCAUCUUCACAGUGACCUUGGAGAGCCUCACCAUGGAGGAUGCAGGCACCUACAUGUGUGCGGUGGAUAUUCCAUUGAUCGAUCACUCCUUUGGGAUUGAUAAGUUCUUCAAGGUUGAAUUGUUUAUGGUCCCAGGUUUGAGGCCUGGGAGCAGUACAAAAAUCCCGGAGCCCACCAGAUCCUCACCAGCUGACCCUCAGCCCAGCAUGACCACAAAUGACACAAUUCCUGCUCCCAGCCCACAGCCUCGGUCUCUUCUGAGCAGCCCCUAUUUCUGCAUCCUGGUGUUUCUGGAGUUGCCCCUGUUCCUGUGCAUGCUCAGUGCCGUCCUGUGGGUGAACAGGCCUCAGAGGUGCUCUGGGAGACAAGGCAUUCAGCCCUAUCAUGAGAACCAGUGAAGUCUGUUGACAUGGAGUCCCUGUCCCUGGAUGCAUCACCUCUAGUGGCUGAGGACAACCAGUAAACCUGUGUCCUUGAGAAUGCUCUGAGACUUUUAGAAGAUUCUUUGUACUCUAUCAAACACAUAAAAGAGUGAGCAAUAAAUACCAGCUGCAGAGAUGGCUCAUCGGUUAAGAGCAAUGGCUGCUCUUCCAGAGGUCCUGAUUUCAAAUCCCAGUCACCACAUUGGUGGCUCACAGCCAUCUGUAAUGGGAUCUGAUUCCUUCUUCUGGUAUGCCAGUGGACAUGAAGAUAGCACACUCAUUCAUUGAAUAAAUUAAUUAAAAUUAAUUAAAUGGAAUUAAAAUAG